AUGGGUUUAUUCCCCGGCUUAGGGGUGGGCUUGGGUACUGGAGACCAAAACGAGAUGAUAAUAAUUGACCAAUCAGUACCUGUCACCGUUGAGGGUAAAGAAUACGAGGUAUCUGGAGCGGAAUAUAAGAGUCUGUUCAAUGAAGAUGCUGGACUGAUCGUGGUGGACAACGUUAUCAGCCCGGAGCAUGCGAAGAGAAAAGAAACACCCAUGGAAGAUAUCGUCCCCCUAAGGCAGUGGUCCGAUGUGACAUUUCUCCUCUGGGAGAGAUAUACCAAAGGUGCUCUUGGAGUCUACGACAUAUUUUUCAAAUAUUCGCCAAUGCGGGAGAACGGGAGAACGUUCCGGCCAGGCUCUGAGGAGUACUAUGCGCUGCUCUACUGUCCGAACGGUCGCGGCAUAGGCUGGCUGCUGACCCAACACAAAGCCCAACUAGGUCUUCUGACGGUUUCCUCAAUUACAGUAUUUGGAGAGGAUGGCGAAGCGAUGCUGUACUUCAAGAUUGACCCCGUUGAACAAAACGAUUAA